CAUUCAAGCGUACUAAUAUCAGACGUCUGAAGCUAUGGCACGCAUAGGUUUAAUAUAAAGGUCUUAGUGCUCGGGUGUCGCUGUGAGAAGUAAUACCGGAUAACACCCCUGCUCGUGUAUCUGUCCUGUGGGUUUCUCAUCUUCAUUUGACGCUUUCAACAGGCAGGACCAGUCACCAGUCAAGAUGCCCUGGCGUCUCCCAGUCACGCAAGAACGGACUGUCACUUGCUGCAAUGACUUGGACAAGGAAAAAAAGCACGGCACAGAGCAGAGAUAUGUCAGCCCUACCACUGGGAUCUGUCGAAAGCUUGUCGUGCAAGCUGUCACUCCCAUCGGCGAGCACGAAGUUGCCAUCAGCGCCAACACCAAUCAGGCAAGCAAAAUCGCCUUACAGCUAGCCAAUCCCACCAUUCGAUGGUGGAUCAUUUUUGAAUGCCUAGGCUUAUGGUUGUGCUUGACGUUGAAGCUCUUAUUGUCAUUCAUCUGGCUGCUCGUACAACUUUUCUAUCCCAAUGACAUGGCGGAUGACACUGCGGAGGAUACGGAGUCAUAUGGCACUGUAUACUACAAGCGGUACGCUCGCAAGUUCCGUGGUCAGCUAUGGGCAGCUCGUUCAUCUAAGGAGCGUUCUUCGCGCAUUAUUGAGGAGGGCGAGAUGGACGUCCCUACACAUAACCUUUAUCCUCGACUUCUUAUUAUCCACGACCCGAUCCGAAAUGAAUGGGUCCCAUGUGCAGAUCGCGAUAUCAUCAUCCAUACCAAAUUCAUCGCCAUCUCUUUCUGCAACGCUGAUGCCUACAAUAAAUUUGGCCCAGACCCGGAGACAGAAAAGGCUCAGUUCAUAGAGGAGGUUCGUGCAGCGGUGCUCGGACAGAAAUACGAUGCGUAUUGGCUCGACUUGGAGUGUGUAGGAGGGACGCGACUAGAGAAGAGUCGGGAUUUGUACUGCAUGGCGGAUGUCUACCGUGGAGCAGGGGUGACUUUGAUCAUGCUUGGCAAAUCUGCGAAUGGGGAGAACAAGUGCUGGAGAGUCUGGGGCGAACGGGUGUGGACUAUGCCAGAAGCCCUCCUGAGCCCUCGCCUUUGCUACAAGUUCCGAGAUCGGGAAGAAGUUACGCCGUUGUCGUUGUUUCAGCUGGCCAACCUGGCCUAUACAAACUACUCUACUGAACAGGCUAUCAUCAACGCAUACAGCGGGAAGGAUCCGCUUGAGAGGUUGGAGCGCUUGACGCUGUUGAAAUCAGCUAUAUGGCAGCGCGGUUCUUCAGCUCUAGCACCAGGUGUUGCUCCUCCCCCGUCAAAGCCGGAUAUGAUAGGCGAGACGCCUGUCACAGAUGGGGCGUACAAGGCUGAGCGUACGUAUGCGCUGAUGGGCUUUUUUGAGCACCGGAUUCACCCAAACCGCUUCGAGGGCGAUUUGCACGCUCUUGUGAGGCUGUCAAUGGCCAACGACAAUGACCGUAUCGUUGAGCGGAUGGUAUCCAUGCUGCCCUCGACCAUCACCAAGGAGAUGGCGUGUUGGUACUCUGACAAUGAUAUCUACGGCGCCAACCUCUGGGAUAUUCUACCAGAAAUCCAGGUCGCUGGUAUCACGGAAAAUGGAGCUCUUGUGGUUGACGGGUGUCGUGCGGCAGCUAUCAGAUGGAAAGAUUUCCCGGAGGUCACGUUUGUGUCCCCAGAUUCGUUGAAGAGGACCAUUAUCGGUUUCGUUCCGUAUCUCUCGUGGCCAAUCAUUAUCGCCGGGCUAGGUGUUGUUAUGACCAACCGAGUGGGAGACAUCACACUCGUCGUCCUCGGAGUCGUGCUCCUCAUUAUUUCCCCUUGGCUGUUUGUUUACAGUCAAUCUGGGCGUAUCCUCGACGCACAUCCAUGGUUAAUCGGGGUGAAAGGGGUCAUCAGCAUCACAGAGGCAGAGAAGCACUUGUACGGUGCCACCACUAAAAAACACUUCCCAAGAAUGAAUUUCACGCCGAGCGGAUCAGAGUUCUCAGUUGCAGAACAAGGCACAAAACGGAAAGGGUCGCCCACACAAUACGACGAUGCCAAAAAAUCAGAGAGCGGGCCAGGUACGAGACACAUUUAUACGCUCAUCGACACAUGCUCGUCGACGAUGUACUAUUUCCGUGCGGAGCGACCACCGACGGUAUGUAUAUUCGCCGGACGGGAGGGAGGGCUUGGGAGGUUUGUGCUGUGUUCAGAGAGGUGUAAUAUUAAUGAGCUGCAUAAGGAGAGCGUGUUGAGGAUGCCGACGGAGAUCAGCCAGAAAAUGGAGUUGUGUGGAUGGAUCGCACUUGGAUGAGAUUGUUUUGCUAGUAUCUUUCUCUAUCUUUGAACAUGUAGUAUUACAUGUACCAAAUUUUGUAGAGCG